GCCCGGGGCUGCGGCUCUAGGAGAAAGUCAGAGUGACCGAGCCUAGCUGGCCUCGUGGUGACGGAGACGUCACCUAUUCUGUGCCUCAGUUUCUUCGCUUGUAAAAUAAUAGCACUGGGCUGGCUGAACUCUCAAGGAUGGAAGGAAACUCCUGCCCCUGAUUCCUUUGGUGUGAGCAGCCAACGGUAGUGAUCCGGGCCCCCUAGGCGGGCAAGGAGGGCCGAUCAGCGACAGGUCCGAGGCCACACGUGCCCCGGGGUCCGCGACCUCGUGGAGGCCGGCAGCCUCACCCCGCCCCCCAGUUGCGGUCGGGGUCGGAGCCGAGGGAAAGGCCCCGGACGCCUCGCAGCCCCUGGGAGGGCGCGCCCUCGCUCCGGGCCCCAAGUUCCCUCCUCCGCAAAAGGAGGCAGUGCGGGGAGGUGCGGGGCGGGGGGGGCCUAACCGAACAAAGGGAGGGAAGCGACGGAAAACAAAGGCCUCGCUCCCGGGCCGUCACUCCAUCGGGCCCAGCCCGAGCCGCCAGGCUCGAGCGUCGUCCGCAGCGCUCUAUGCGCGCGCACCCACCGUCCAGCCGUCCUCCGCCCUGCUCGGAGAGUGCGCACCUCUCGGCCAAUCCGCUUCGGCCGCCUCUCGCCACACCCCCGGGCGAUGGCCCCGCGAGCCAUUCAGCGUGGCCGGCAUGACUGGCGCGAGGCGCUCGGGGCGGAGCCGGGCGCGGGGCGGGGGCGGGGCCGAGGCGUCCCGGCGGCGUCCGCCCGGCGCUCCAACACUCUGGCGUCGCUCGUUUCCCGGUGUGCCUGGCUUUUCCGCAGCUCCUCCGGCAUCCCGGCCGGCAUCCAAGGCACGAUGGGCGCGCGGGGCGGAGCGCGAGCGCUGGAGUACCUGCUGGGCCUCUACUUCGUGAUGCACGUCCCCAUCACGCUUCUCUUCGACAUGCAGGCGCUGGUGUCGGCCGAUUUGUACCCGACCGAGUUGACAGACAUGCUGAAGUGGUAUGUCCAGGCAUUUAAAGACCCCCUGAUGCUGAAGCCUCCAAGUUGGUUCAAGUCGUUUCUUUUUUGUGAGCUUGUGUUCCAGCUGCCUUUCUUUCCCUUUGCAGCAUAUGCCUUCUUCAAAGGAAGUUGCAAGUGGAUCCGCAUCCCUGCCAUUAUCUACUCAGUCCAUACGAUGACUACAUUAAUUCCCAUUGGCGCCCAUAUCCUGUUUGAGAAUUUUGCCCAAGGCCCCGGGACAUUCCAAGAACGCCUCAACCUUUUAUCCAUCUAUGCCCCAUACUUCUUCAUUCCACUCAUACUCCUCUUUUUUAUGCUUUGGAGUCCUCACUACAGCACUGAAGAGAAGAGGAAAAGGAAAACAAGGUAAAGAACUGCUGGCAAGGGAGGGAGAGCCACUGGCCCUUGUUUGGACACAGUCUCUCCAGGCCCCCCUUGAAACACAUCAGCAGCAACCCCCGAGAACAAGACAGCAGGUGGGAGAGCUCAUUUCAGGUUUCAUCUGCCAAGGGAAUUGCGAAAGAUUUGAUUCCCUGAAGCUGGCCAGGGGAAGCUAUAGGGAAACAGUACUGAAUACCUAGUGUGUGCCUUAAGUGCCAUUUCAGAAUUACUCAAAGGGCACACCACCAGAAUCCCCGGAACUAGAUUUUUUGAAACUGUGCGAGUCAGAUGCUAGAGGUUAGAUUGACCUAUAAUCUGAAUGACCAACUACUUAGUGCUCUCCUCUCCAAGCCAUAUAAUGGGACUGAUCAAAAAAACACGUUUCACACGCAAUUUUCCAAUUCUUCAAGAAAUUGUUUUUCUCAACCCAAAUCGGACCAAACUAGCGCAAAAAUACCUGACCUCUCAUAGACCUACAGGUCUAAUAAACGAGUACUCCAACAUCCUUGUCAAUUUCAGACUUGUUUCCCCUCCAUUCUAGAAACAUUUCUUCACAGGGAAUGGGAUUCUUUAGGCUUUUUUUUUUUUUAAGGGAAUUAAUGUUCGAUGGAAUAAGGCUUUAAAGAGGCAAUUGGGAGUUAAUUGCUAGGAUCAUACAGCUAGGAAGUAUUAAAUGUCUGAAGCCAGAUUUGAACUCAGGUCCUCCUGACUUCAGGGCUGGUGCUCUAUCCCUCUGGGCCACCUAGCUAUACCCCCUAAAUGUUUAAUCAAGAUUCAUUCCCAUCAAACUCUUUGAUCAAAGAUAUUCUGACUGGUGCUUUGGUCGAGUCUUUCUGAUUUCCAAGAAUUCUAGGGCUUGUCUUUUUAAAGAUACUCUAAUCUCAACCUUGGUUUCCAAGCAGUGUUACUUUGUUCAUUCUCCAAAAUUAUAACAUUGUGUGGUCUAGUGUCUGUCUUAAAACUAUCAUGUUUUCUAUCACAAUUUAAGUCUCCACUUAGUAAGAUGAAUAGUAGCUGUUGACCCUGUUCUCUUAUUGCUGCAUGUACCUGGACUUAGUAAACUAAAAUUUGUUCCCCAAGUGAAGUUUGACAUGCUUCACAAUAGAGUGGAACAGGACCCAGUCAACACUGCCUUUUCUGGUCCUAGAGACCUGAGUGCCAAUACAUGCAGCAUGCAGGCUGGCUUCCCAGUUUCUCCCCAUGGGGCUCCUCUCCUGGAGGCAUCCUAGCAAUCUUGUCAUGCUGCCAUAGGCUUGAUUCUCCUCCCCAUUCACCCUCACCCCCCAAGUUCCCUACCUCUCCUUUGGCCCUUUAUCUUUGGGAACAGUAAGCAAAUCAGCUACCAUUCCUGGAAAGAUAGAAUCACUAUCCCUGUGACUUCCCAAAACAAAGUGCAUCACCCUGGACACUAGUACCUUGUACAUGUUGUCUUCUAUGCUAGAAUGUAAGUUUCUUCAGGAGGGUAGCCCUUUUUUUUGUAUUUGUAUCUCUAGUGCUUAUUCCAGGGGCUGAGUGAGCACUUAAUAAAGGCUUUUUCAUUUAUUCAUGAUGUGCUGUGACCUCCUUAUAAAGUCUUCCUCAUAAAUUGAUAUUUGCUUUAAUUGUUGAAAACUGACUCGUGUAAUGAAUUCAAUAAAAAUGGCUGCUGAUCUCGA